GGAAUCAGUCCACCAGGGAACAGAGCUAGGUGUCUGGGGGUUUCUUUAACAGAAGGAAAGUUGACUUCCGGACUUCUGAAGCAGGGUGUGGUCACCUGUCACUUCUAGGCCACCUUGUCGCCCCCUCGCGGAGUGCUGGAUUCGUCCGGCCUGCAGAACGCCCACAGCAGGUCACGAGCAGCAGAAGGCGUGGUGGCUGCGGUGGUGGCGCGACACAGCUGCCAACAACUGGCGCAGCUGCUGCGCUGUGCUCCGGGACCAGCGAGUAGACAGUCCAGGUACGGCCCCUUCCCCGUGACGUCUCUGCAGCGGGUUAUAAAAGCCUAGUGCGCACCCUGCCAAGGCUCUGCUAACUCCUGAGCACAGAAGGACCAAGACCUGGAAGCUGCGGGUGGCAGUAGAGGCUCCAAGCGAAGCAACGGAAAAAGGGAGCUCACCAGUUGGAUGCGGACCUCAGAAGCCAGCCAGAGGACCAGAACUUUUACUAGCUGCGCUGCGAGCAGCCCUUCUUCCCCCUCAAGCUCCCACCCAGUACGCAGCUUUGCCUUUCCCGCCGCACGCAUGUUAGCCGGAGUUGCUAGUAGCAGCAGGUGCCAAAAGGCGGGUUGUCUUGCCUUUUGGAACCUUGUGGAGUGCAGCUGCUUCAAUGCAAACAAGAGCCUAGCAUGAAAGUGGAGGAAUUUGGAGCAACCAGGCAAAGAGCUAUACAGAAGCCUUGCUCUUGUGAACAAGUCUCCUGCUAACCAGGACUAAGUUCUGCCCAGGAAACUUCCCACCUCCUGAGUAGCAGGACUCAAGCCUCAGGCAUCUGCGACAAGGUCCUCCAGCAAGGAGGUGUGUGUGUGUGUGUGUGUGUGUGUGUGUACACUUCUGUGUGUACUUGUGAGUACCUGUAGACGCCAGGGCUUUGCUGCCUUGCCCCAAAAUGGAUAACGUCCUUCCUGUGGACUCUGAUCUCUUCCCCAACACCUCCACCAACACUUCUGAGUCUAACCAGUUUGUGCAACCUACUUGGCAAAUUGUCCUUUGGGCAGCCGCCUACACGGUCAUCGUGGUGACUUCCGUGGUGGGCAACGUAGUGGUGAUAUGGAUCAUUUUGGCCCACAAGAGAAUGAGGACAGUGACCAAUUAUUUCCUGGUGAACCUGGCCUUCGCUGAGGCCUGCAUGGCUGCAUUCAAUACGGUGGUGAACUUCACCUACGCAGUCCACAACGUGUGGUACUACGGCCUCUUCUACUGCAAGUUUCACAACUUCUUCCCCAUUGCUGCUCUCUUCGCCAGUAUCUACUCCAUGACAGCUGUGGCCUUCGACAGAUACAUGGCCAUCAUCCACCCUCUUCAGCCCCGGCUGUCAGCCACUGCUACCAAAGUGGUCAUCUUUGUCAUCUGGGUCCUGGCUCUCCUGCUGGCCUUCCCACAGGGCUACUACUCCACCACAGAGACCAUGCCCAGCAGAGUCGUGUGCAUGAUUGAGUGGCCAGAACAUCCCAACAGGACUUACGAGAAAGCGUACCACAUCUGUGUGACUGUACUGAUCUACUUCCUGCCUCUGCUGGUGAUUGGCUAUGCAUACACUGUGGUAGGGAUUACACUGUGGGCCAGUGAGAUCCCUGGUGACUCCUCUGACCGUUACCAUGAGCAAGUCUCUGCAAAGCGCAAGGUGGUCAAAAUGAUGAUCGUGGUUGUGUGUACCUUCGCCAUCUGCUGGCUGCCCUUCCACAUCUUCUUCCUCCUGCCCUACAUCAACCCAGAUCUCUACCUUAAGAAGUUCAUCCAGCAGGUCUACCUGGCCAGCAUGUGGCUGGCCAUGAGUUCUACCAUGUACAACCCCAUCAUCUACUGCUGCCUCAAUGACAGGUUCCGUCUGGGCUUCAAGCAUGCCUUUCGCUGCUGCCCUUUCAUCAGUGCUGGUGAUUAUGAGGGGCUGGAAAUGAAAUCCACCCGAUACCUCCAGACCCAGAGCAGCGUGUACAAGGUCAGCCGCCUGGAGACCACCAUCUCCACUGUGGUGGGAGCCCAUGAAGAUGAGCCAGAGGAAGGUCCCAAGGCCACACCUUCAUCCUUGGAUCUCACCUCCAAUGGCUCCUCUCGAAGCAACUCGAAGACCAUGACAGAAAGCUCCAGCUUCUACUCUAACAUGCUGGCCUAAGCAGCAGGCACAUUUCCAGGGCACAGCCACUAGCCCAUCUUGUGUCGUUUAUUCAUGGAAGUCUUUGAUUUGGAAUUUGUUGGAAAUACCCUAACACUGGAGCUUUGGGGGAAAGGUCACAAUGAUUUAAGGAAAACGUUCCAUGCUGUAUUCAAUCUGGAUUCCAUCCUGUCUUUGCCAACCAUCCUCCACACUGUUGACCCAAGGCAGAUCAGUAAACUUCUAUAAAAUGAGAAGGCUACCCUCAGUUUCCCCUGAAGUUUAAUCCCAUGAUUCCUGAAAUGACUUCAUCUGCAUGCAAGGUGCUUAUCUGGGGAGGGAUUCUGCAAGGCAGCAGACCUAUUUGCCUGGAGCAUCUGUCUUUCUUCAGCGAAGUCAUUCUCAGACAUGUGCAGACUAGCUCACACCACUCCAGCCUUCCACAGGAUGGUGUGAGCAAAAGAAGAUGCCACCUAAAUCCUAAGGAAAGCUCUAUCCCCACCUAAGCACACAUGAAUGGAGGACACCUAUCAUUGUGACAUCUUGAUGUCUCUGUUCAUUUAAACAUCAUGGGAUUGACAAUAUUGGAUUCUUCUGCAUUGUGUCCCCAGUACAACCAACUCUGACUGAAUAUGUCUACACAAGCCAGCUGAUGUUCUAACCAAGAGUCAGGAGAUCCACGCCAGGCUUAGCCUAUCUGAGACUCUUUUCCUUCUUUGUAAAGCAGCAGAGCUGAACCAAAUACUCUAAGUGUUUCUUUGAGUCUUAGUGUUUCCUGGUUUAAUGAUGUAUAUACUUCAUUCUCUCUCUCUCUCUCUCUCUCUCUCUCUCUCUCUCUCUCUCACACACACACACACACACACACACACUCUCUCACACAUACACACACACUCUCACACACACACACUCACACACACACACUCACACACUCUCUCACACACACACUCACACACACUCUCACACACACACACACACUAAAUAAAAAGAAAAGCAAUGGCAGCAUCAAAAAUACAAGGGCUGUCAGUCCCUAGAGAUGGGUGUGUGUAAAUAUGCUCCCAUUGAUCCAAAAGCCCUGCUCCACAACUUCCUUCUCCAGGAAAGUUCUUCUCUUUGACAGAGCAGAGGACUUCUCAGAAAAAACUUGGAUGUCUCCAGCAGGCUACAACCCAGUUCUGAGAACAGCAUUGAGAGGGACAAGUGUGUGGACUUCCUGCUCUGACCAAUCGAGUCUUUGUCUUCACUUUUUGCUGCACACGGUGUAGAGGAGGGAGGCUGCCCUCUGCAGCUACACUCUUGGAAAGAGGAGCCUUGCCUCUUCUCUUCAGACUCUAAACCUUGCCCUCCUUGCUCCACUUUGAUGAUCUCUGUCUAUAAGAAGUUGAAGGAUCCACCAAUCCAAAUGGACACUUAGUCUGCCAAGAGCCAAGAACUGAAAGUGUCACAUCCUGAUACGGCUUCAGGAUCCCCAGAAGGGGAUCAUGUGCUUUCUUUCUGUCUCUCAGAUGUGGCUGGAAACCAAAGCUUCAUGUGACAUCCAUGAAUCUCUUCAUGGUUCAGGUAACUGGAUGCACAAAAGCUCCAUCCAGCAUGUCAGGAAGAGCAAGACCACCCACCACCAGGAUUUAUAACUUUUGCCAGCCUUGUUGGGUCUAGCCCUUCGAGGGCAUCAGCAUACCUGGAGAAGGCAAGCAUUAUAUGGAAAUAAUAUAAGCUGGGGGAGGGGCAGGGGAAGAAAUGAGAAGCAUACUCUGCAGAGAAUUAUGGGAAAUUUUAAUAAACUAAGCAAAGGCCACUGAAUGACAACCUAUGAGUUGAAAAUAGUGUAAGAACAACAAAAGCCAAUACCCAAGUUGUAUAUUACACUUCCAAGAAGGAAUCUUGCUAUAUAGGGAUGGAAAAAAUAUGGCUAUAAAAAGAAGAAAACACCCAGCAUGGAGAGGUAUCUCAUCUACAGAAGAGAUGGUUAGGGUAAAGUUUGCAAGGAUUUAUGGAGUGCCUGCUCUGGACUUUGCCCAAACUGAGGACACACAGCUCCUUCCACCCUGAGGAGAUUCUUGUGCCUGCUAUUCCUGAUGACGCCAGCCUGCUCACCAGGCAUGGAGGCAUUGAGAAGCAGAUUCCUCCUAAGAUUUUAAAAACUGACUUUCAACUUGGGGACUCCAGCCAAGGGGUGGGGCUUUCAGAGAGCUUCUGAAAUGGCAGGUCUCUGAGGUAACUCUGAAGGGAGCCACCAGUCAGCCCUGGGAACCUAAAGAACUGAUAUGAGAAAUUUCACUCCAUGUGUAGUAUGAGUGAAGAUGAGGUGGACCGGGCUUCAUGGAUAUGCGAAGCAUCCCUCAGAGAGGACCAGCAAUCUUCCCAUUGCCCCUGCUCCAAAGACCAUUUAACUUGUAAAAAUGUCGUCAAUUCCUGUUUGUGAGAACACUGUGAUUUGUGCUCCGUGCAUGGGUCUCUUAUUGAAAUGUGUCACCCUGUGUUUAUCUCCUGAGUUUUCUUGAUGUACCUUCCGGUAUCGAUAGGCUGGGAGACAUCCUGGAGCCAUCCUUCCUGCAUUCCCUCCAACCUGUGGGAUCCCAGUGUCAUCGCUCUUGUUUGGCCAGGCCUCCUCCUGCCACUGUUCUUGCUUGGAGAGGAGCUCUGAAGUCUGCCCCAUAUUCAAUGAAACUGAAGGCUGUGGAAGGACCUUGGUGGGAGGAACACCCUGAGCCCUUCAGCAGAUUGCUGAGACAAAGGGCUGGGUGGAAUUCUGGGAAAGGAGAGGACACAGGCCUGGAGAAAAGAAUGGCCAUAGAGAGGGGUCAUUUCUGAAGCAUCUGUGUUUGGGGCCUGGGAUCCUGGAAAUAAAGUAUGCUUUGGCUAUCUCA